AUGAGUUUAAAACUCAGAAAAUACCAUAUUCUCAGCCAAGAAAUAGAUCAAAUUCGUCAUCUUCAUCAAGUUCAUGGAAGAAAGUUUCAAAGUGUGAUAUCUUCUUCGUUUGAGGUCCGAUUGAGAUUCUUACGGCCACGGAACGGGGACGGAAAUCUCUACACAUCUACACCUAUAAAUCAAGGUUAUUGUGAGCUUGUGUUAAGGAUUUUGAUGGUGAUUCUUGGAGCUAGGACCAUUCGGUUUGAUGAACAAUCAAGACUCGGCGAGGCAAAUAUCAACGGAACUUGGAGCGUAAAGGACGCGGCAUCCCUUUGCUAUUAUCGAAGUUUAUGGAUAGCAAGCGUGUGUUUUUCAGGUACCUAGAUUCUAGACGUGGUUAGAAGUCCGUCUUUAACCGGAAGUUCCUUUAGCUAUGUACAUUCCCGACUUCCGUUGCAGUAGUGUGAUGUCUGACCAGUGUCGUGGCCUAUUACAGCAGUGAAAUUUUAUAUGGUUUAUAGUUGUUGUCUGUAGUGUACAUGUUGGUCUGGAUACGAUAGUUAUGUAUUGUACCACGGAGGUAAAUUCCCGUGAUGUAAUUUCGACAUAGUGGUUUAUGCCGGGCUAGUACGUACAUGAUACGGAAACGAUAAGUCCGAGCACGUUGUAUGGUUUUACCAUUGCAUAUAAAUGUAUCUUUG